AUGGGGCGAGGGCCCCUCCACCCUCGCGUCCAUUGGGCGGCGGCGCCAUCACUCUCUCCCCCUCGGUUACACCGCCUUCUCCUCCUCCCAGAAGCCCGGCCCCUCCUCCGCUCCAUCCCCUCCUCCGUCCCCUCCGCCCCGCCCCGUCCCGGGAGCCUCUCAUUGGAUCGAGGCGCGGUCGAUCCGUCUCGAAUCAGGCAGCCUAUUGGGCACGAGGCCUUGGGGGCCGCCCCCAGCUUACUCGGAUUGGCCUGCUCGCGUUGGCGCAACGGAAGAGGCGGUCGGCCGAGGGUGCGCCUCUGCUCCGUCUGGCCUGCCGCGGAGGAGGCGAGGAGUCCGACGCUGGGGGGCUGGCUGGCGCGGCAGCGGCGGCUGCUGCGGAUGGGAGCGGGCCGGCUCGGCGCGCCCAUGGAGCGCCACGGCAGGGCCUCCGCCACCUCCGCCUCGUCCACCGGGGAGUCGGCGCCCGGGGCCUCCGAUGGGCGGCGGCGGGAGCCACUGCGGCGCCGGGCGAGCAGCGCGUCGGCGCCCGCGUCCUUUGAAUCCCAGCGUCUGUCUGCCGUGGGCUCCAAAGAACUGCCCUUCCAGACGUUGAGUCCUCCCUACCUGGCGAUUUCGGGCUCGUGGGAAGAGACGGCUAGCCGCCCCCGGGUUGUUCCAGGCCUAAAACUGAAUUCCGUGUUCCGUGCCCCUCUGAGCGUUGACUGCUUUUCCCCCGUGAGAAUUCAGGUCAUCUCUCACCCAGUUUUUCCGUGGUUUGGCUUGGAUAUUGGUGGAACCCUGGUCAAGCUGGUUUAUUUUGAACCCAAAGACAUCACUGCUGAGGAAGAAGAGGAAGAAGUGGAAAGUCUUAAAAGCAUUCGGAAGUACCUGACCUCCAACGUGGCUUAUGGGUCCACGGGCAUUCGGGACGUGCACCUUGAGCUGAAGGACCUGACUCUGUGUGGACGCAAAGGCAAUCUGCACUUUAUACGCUUUCCCACUCAUGACAUGCCUGCUUUUAUUCAAAUGGGCAGAGAUAAAAACUUCUCGAGUCUCCACACUGUCUUUUGUGCCACUGGAGGUGGAGCAUACAAAUUUGAGCAGGAUUUUCUCACAAUAGGUGAUCUUCAGCUUUGCAAACUGGACGAGCUAGAUUGCUUAAUAAAAGGAAUUUUAUACAUUGACUCAGUUGGAUUUAAUGGACGGUCACAGUGCUAUUACUUUGAAAACCCUGCUGAUUCUGAAAAAUGUCAGAAGUUACCAUUUGAUUUGAAAAAUCCAUACCCUCUGCUUUUGGUGAACAUUGGCUCAGGAGUUAGCAUCUUAGCAGUAUAUUCCAAAGAUAAUUACAAGCGUGUCACAGGUACCAGUCUCGGAGGAGGAACAUUUUUUGGUCUCUGCUGUCUUCUCACUGGCUGCACCACUUUUGAAGAAGCUCUUGAAAUGGCCUCUCGUGGAGAUAGCACCAAAGUGGAUAAACUAGUGCGGGACAUUUAUGGUGGGGACUAUGAGAGGUUUGGCUUGCCAGGCUGGGCUGUGGCUUCAAGCUUUGGGAACAUGAUGAGCAAGGAGAAGCGAGAGGCUGUCAGUAAAGAAGACCUUGCCAGAGCAACUCUGAUCACCAUCACCAACAACAUUGGCUCAAUAGCAAGAAUGUGUGCCCUUAAUGAAAACAUUAACCAGGUGGUAUUUGUUGGAAAUUUCUUGAGAAUUAAUACGAUCGCCAUGCGGCUUUUGGCAUAUGCUCUGGAUUAUUGGUCUAAGGGGCAGUUGAAAGCACUUUUUUCGGAACACGAGGGUUAUUUUGGAGCUGUCGGAGCACUCCUUGAGCUGUUGAAGAUCCCCUGACCGUUACCUGGGGAAGGGUGCCUGGAACCUUCCACAAUGGAUCUGUGAACUUCUCGUUUUUUAAGAGACUUACUCGGUUUCAUGACUGUGUACUACUUAAAUCAAAGCCAGAAAGGACAAGUGUAUUUUUCUAAGUCAUCAAGAUACGUUGUUAAAAAUUCAGUGUAAACUAGCAACCAGGAAGGAAAGAUGUAUUAAAAAAAACACAAAAGCGGACCAUGUCCAGGCAGUGUGAGGCGUUGCUCUGUGUACGUUGCUCACAGUAUAGCACUAUCCAGCCUGCCGUGUGUUAUUGAAACCUCAGCAUCACUCACUGGAGACGCUUCAGGGGAGAGCUGUUCUGUGAUCAGCCGACUGUGGUUUUGUGUCCUGUUUGAACUUGAUAAAUGUAAGGCAUACUGCUAUGUGUUUAAUCACAGUUUUGUCAAUAUGGCCUUGGAGAUCAUCUGUACAUUACUCUGGUUUGCAUUAAGCCUCUGUGUGAACAUACUAAAAAUGUGUUUUAUCUCAAGGUUCUGCACA